UUUCCAAUCUUCUCUCUCUGUUCUGCACUUUGUCAAAUAAUGACAAAGUAAAUCAAAUCCAAGGGAAGCAAAGCUAGCAAAAGGAGUCACGGAGACAUACCGAACAGGCACUACCCUGGUUAGGUUUUUGUCGUUCUAAUUUCCUCGUCUCCUGGUUAAGACCAAACUUUGUCUAGUUCUGACAAGCUUUUCUCAUCACGGAGAGCUUUGUGACGUCGAAAUCCAAGGACUUCAAGGAAAUAGAGAAUAUGGAUUGUAAUGGGGAUUAUGUUGAGUCCCGGCCUGGAGUGUCUAAUGCUCAGUCAAUGGAAGAUGGAGUUCUUCGGGGAGAUGAAAGAUGCUUUAAGCAAGUUUCGCCUCCAAGGGUUGGUGGUUCGAGGAAUACGAGCCCUAUGGGUCGUGCAGGGUCCAGGAACACUAGCCCGUCAAGGCAAAAGGUCAUUAAGACCAAGCCACGAGGCUUAGACGAGGAAACACUCGCUACAUUUGGAAAGGCAGUACAUACUGAUGUUCAAAUGGAGGAUAAUAUAUGGGCAAUGUUACCUGAGGACUUAUUGUACGAGAUCUUAGCAAGGGUCCCUCCAUUUAUUAUUUUUCGGCUUCGGUCUGUCUGUAAGCGGUGGUAUUCAUUGCUUCAAGAUAGCAGUUUUCUCCAGUUCCAUUCGCGGGUGCCAUCUCAUGGGCCGUGUCUUCUUACGUUCUGGAAGAACUCACAAACCCCACAAUGCUCGGUCUUUAGCUUGCCUCUCAAAACAUGGUAUAGAAUACCAUUCACAUUUUUGCCUCACUGGGCAUUCUGGUUAGUUGGUUCUUCCGGCGGUCUUGUUUGCUUUUCAGGGCUUGAUGGGUUGACAUUUAGGACUUUGGUUUGUAAUCCUCUUACACAAACAUGGAGGACACUUCCAAGUAUGCAUUAUAAUCAGCAGAGGCAGCUCAUAAUGGUUGUUGAUCGAGUGGAUCGGUCAUUUAAAUUGAUAGCCACUAGUGAUAUAUAUGGUGACAAGUCCUUGCCAACUGAAGUUUAUGACUCAAAGCUUGACAGCUGGUCAGUUCAUCAAAUUAUGCCAGCAGUUAAUCUCUGCUCUUCAAAGAUGGCAUAUUGUGAUUCCAGAUUGUAUUUGGAGACCCUUUCACCACUUGGUUUGAUGAUGUAUCGGAUAGACACAGGUCAUUGGGAACAUAUUCCAGCAAAGUUCCCCCGCUCCUUAUUGGAUGGGUAUUUGGUUGCUGGAACCCAGAAACGUCUUUUUCUUGUUGGGAGGAUUGGCCUUUAUAGCACUCUUCAGAGUAUGAGAAUUUGGGAAUUGGAUCAUGCUAAAAUCGUGUGGGUGGAGUUAAGUAGGAUGCCCCCAAAGUAUUUUCGCACUUUAUUGAGAUUAUCAGCUGAGAGAUUUGAAUGCUUUGGACAGGACAAUUUAAUCUGCUUCACAUCUUGGAACCAGGGAAAGGGCCUUCUAUUUGACGUUGAUAAAAAGGUCUGGUCCUGGAUUGGGGGCUUUGCCCUUCAGUCAUAUAAUAGCCAGGUUUGUUUCUAUGAGCCAAGAUUUGAUGCUUCUAUAUACUAAGCUAUGGCAUGAUGUGGGAUGUCCAUUCAAAUUGACAAUUGAGGGGCUUACCGAAAAAUUUCUUCCUGACAUGGAUUUUUGACCAUUAAAUUCCUUCUAACAAUUCAAAAUUUAUUUUGCAAUGGGCUGAUUUGUUUAUCAGUCAAGUUCUCACAAGUACUACUAAGCAGAUUCCUGAUCAUCAACACUGACUAAGCAUCAGAAACAGAAUUGAACUGUGCAGAGAGGGUGUCACUAUGAAUUAGGGUUCUGCCUUUGAAGUACACAAUUGAGAAAGGUUGCAAACUUAUAUACGUGGGAUUGGCAUGUUAAAAAGGAAGGAUGAUGUUCAGGGUACAAUUAGAAGAUAUUUUUUUUCCCUGAAUAACUGCACGCCACUUGGAAAUGUUUGUGACAAUGAAAUUACAUAUCUUCAAAUUUCAUUUGUUUUGACGCAUUCUGGCUUACCAGUAUAAUGUAAUUUCUUUUAAGCUUGUCUUGGACAAUAACCUUGUAUGACUUUUCCUGUAAAGGGGUUCGCCCCCACUGGCGGUUUAUCAGUGAAUCUUUUAUUUUUUA